AUGCUUGAAUCAUGGUCCACGAUUACGCCGAGGAAAAAUCACAAGUGCGAAUGUCCUUACGCGGAUUGCAAGUGCAAGUUGUGCUUUCUCGUCGAGAAACGCCGCCAGCUGAACUCCCAACUCCAUGAUCUCGAAGUUAUCGAAUUGGAAUCGACAAAGCGGUCAGAUGACGACGACCAGCCACCGCCAUCAUCGCAUAGCGACGUUGAUCGUAUGGUCCGCGUUAAAGGAGGUGAGCAAAGUAUUUUAUAA